AUGAUUCUCAGGGUAUUAUGCGUGCUCGCUUUAGGAGGCCUUGUAGCGUCGAAGCACGCCUCUUCAUCGCAGCAUAUUUACCGACACGACGGUCAUCAUCAGGCAGUUUAUAUAUAUGAACAAAAAGAAGAACACAAACGAGAGGAGCAAAAUCAUCAGCAUGUAGAAUUGAAAACCAAUGACCAUGAUGGUCACGCUCAACCAACACAUAUUUACAAAUAUGAAAAUCUUCUUAAGGGUAAGGAGCACCAUCAUAAAAAAGAGGCACAUCACCAUAAAGAAACCAAACAUCAUCUCGUUAAAAAGGAACCUGCUCAAUCUUCACAAAACAUUCAUCAACAUAAUGGUCCUGCUCAACCCAUCUACAUACACAAGCAUGUACAACAGAAAGAAGAGCAACACAUAAAUCCCGAACAACCAAAACACCAUGAAGAAUCGAAACAUCAUCACACAGAAUUAAAACAUCAUCACGAUGAACCAAAACAUCAUUCUGCAAAAAAGGAACCCGCUCAAUCUUCACAAUACAUUCAUCGACAUGAUGGUCCCGCACACCCCGUCUACAUAUACAAGCAUGAACAAAAUAAGGAAGAACAACAGAUGCAUCAUGAAAAACCAGAACAUCACGAAGAAUCAAAACAUAACCACAAAGAACUUAAACACCAUCACGAUGAAUCUAAAUAUGUUCCUGAAAAAAAAGAACCUGCUCAAUCUUCACAAUACAUUCAUCGACAUGACGGUCCUGCUCAGCCUGUCUACAUACACAAGCAUCAACAACAUAAGGAAGAACAACAGAUGCAUCAUGAAAAACCAGAACAUCACAAAGAAGUUAAACACCAUCACGAUGAAUCUAAAUAUGUUCCUGAAAAAAAAGAACCUGCUCAAUCUUCACAAUACAUUCAUCGACAUGACGGUCCUGCUCACCCUGUCUACAAACACAAGCAUGAACAACAGAAAGAAGACCAACACACAAAUCCCGAACAACCAAACCACCACGAAGAAUCAAAACAUCAUCACACAGAAUCAAAACAUCAUCACGAUGAACCAAAACAUCAUUCUGCAAAAAAGGAACCCGCUCAAUCUUCACAAUACAUUCAUCGACAUGAUGGUCCCGAACACCCCGUCUACAUAUACAAGCAUGAACAACAUAAGGAAGAACAACAGAUGCAUCAUGAAAAACCAGAACAUCACGAAGAAUCAAAACAUAACCACAAAGAAGUUAAAUACCAUCACGAUGAAUCUAAAUAUGUUCCUGAAAAAAAAGAACCUGCUCAAUCUUCACAAUACAUUCAUCGACAUGACGGUCCUGCUCAGCCUGUCUACAUACACAAGCAUCAACAACAUAAGGAAGAACAACAGAUGCAUCAUGAAAAACCAGAACAUCACAAAGAAGUUAAACACCAUCACGAUGAAUCUAAAUAUGUUCCUGAAAAAAAAAGAACCUGCUCAAUCUUCACAAUACAUUCAUCGACAUGA